CCCCACGUGGGAGCCGAGGUCAGUGAUUGGUGGGGGACGAGUACGUGCGGAGCGGGGCCGGCCAUAUUGUUCGCCGAUUGGUCACUUCCCCAAACCCCGUUCCCCCGUUGGUUACGUCAUCGGAUCGGGACUCCGCCCCCAUCUGGCUGCUUCCUGUGUCCCGGUCAACAACAACAACAACAACAACCACCGCGGACCCCGAGCCGGGGUCCCCAUAGCAACGGAUGGGCUCUCGGAGCUCCAGCUCCGGUUCUGGUUUCGGCUCCGCCCCGGCGUCGGCGGGGGACAGAAGGCGACACAGAGAUGAGCAGCAGGACUCCAACCUGGCUCAGGGGUCAGGUCCAGCUGGUGAACCGGGGCAGAGCUACGGGCCUGCAGCUCGUGCAGGCGUACUCGGACGAUGAUGACGACAGUGACAGUGCCUGGGACGGGUGCCUUGGGGACCGCUACCACCCCCCAGUGGACGCCAGUCCCGACACCCGAGAGAUCGAGAGCAGUGAGAUCCGGACCCAGAUCCAGCUAGCCACCGGCUCACUGCAGUCAUCGCCUGCCAGGAACUUCGCCCAGCUGCUGCGCAGGAGGGAACACGGGAUGUGCUGUAACGGAGGCUUCUCGCAUGGGGAGUGUUCCCGUAUCACCUCACACUUCCUGCCCAACCACAUGUCUCCCGUUGACUCGUUCCAGCAGAAGGCUUUCUGUGGCAUCUUCUCCUCCGACGGCAACAUCUUCAUGUCGGCCUGUCAGGACCAGAACAUUCGCCUGUACCGGGCCAGGGGAGGGGUCCUGCGGAAGUUCAAGACCAUCCGUGCCCGGGACGUGGGCUGGAGUAUUCUCGACGUGGUCUUCACCCCGGACGGGGGCAACCUGCUCUAUUCCAGCUGGUCAGACUACAUACACCUGUGCAGCAUCGACAGUGAGAGUGAACUUCACACUGCCCUGGAUCUGAACCCGGACGAGCGGAGGUUCUGUGUGUUCUCGCUGACCGUGUCCUCGGACGGACGGGAGGUACUGGGCGGAGCGAAUGACGGCUGCCUGUACGUGUACGACCUGGAACACAACAAACGGACAUUGAAGAUCGACUCCCACGAGGACGACGUGAACGCGGUCUCCUUCGCGGACCUGGGCUCCCAGAUCCUGUUCUCAGGGGGCGACGACGCCCUGUGCAAGGUGUGGGACCGGCGGACGCUGCGGGAGGACUACCCCCAGCCCGUGGGGGUGCUGGCGGGCCACCGCGACGGAAUCACCUUCAUCGACAGCAAGGGUGACGCCCGCUUCCUGGUCUCUAACUCCAAGGACCAGACCAUCAAGCUGUGGGACGUCCGUCGGUUCUCCCCGAAAGAGGGCCUCGAUGCCUCGCGGCAGGCCGUCACCCAACAGAACUGGGACUACCGGUGGCAGCAGGUGCCCAAGAGAGCCUUCAAGAAGCACCGCUUGCCCGGAGACACCUCGCUGAUGACAUACAGGGGCCACGGCGUCUUACACACCCUGAUCCGCUGUCGCUUCUCACCCGCCUUCACCACCGGCCAGCGGUUCAUCUACAGCGGCUGUUCGACCGGCAGCGUUGUCAUUUACGACGUCCUAACGGGAAAGAUCGUGAGCAAACUGUCAGAACACCGGGCCUGCGUCCGUGACGUCAGCUGGCACCCAUUUGAGGAGAGGAUCAUCAGCACCUCGUGGGACGGAGCGGUGUGUCAGUGGGACUACCAGCUCUCCGAGUACUUCGCUGAUGAUCUCCCAGAUCAAGUGACCUCCCGAUACACCCGCCGCAGGAACCUGGAGACCGGCAAGGAAACCUGAUCAACACCUGCCCCCCCCCACAACCCCUCCCCUGCGACACGCCCACCCCGACCCACAGAUUGGGGGUGGGGUUGUGGAAAGAAAGAAGAAUCCUGGCUCUCCCGACUUGCUCCCCCUCACUCGCGGCCCAGCGGGAGUGAACGCACCCCUCCCCUCUCUGCUGGGUCCAGCUGCAGACCCAGGGAAGGGUUUUCACCCAGUCUUGGACUUCUAGACCCACCCCCCCACAGCUCUCUUGUGGGGUGGGGUAUCUUUCCUGUGUCUCUGAUCCCCAGGGAUCGACUGCUGGUGGAGGGGCUUGGAGAUGAUCCCUCCUCCCCGUUCCAGACCCCAUUUUGCACCGCGUACCAGACAGUAUUCUGCCAGCAUUCCCCGCCUGCUCCUUCCUCCCACCUCUCGUCCCUGCCUCCCUCACCUCUCCAACCCUCCUCAGUGAACGCCCACCCCACUCAGCGUGUUCCAGUCUAUGCGCAGUUCGGCAGCCCAGACUCAGGGCAGUGUAUUAAAGUUUUAUACCUCUA